AUGGCUCAAGAUGCCUCCAUGGAGGAAAUUCUCUGGCGAUCGCCGCCUCAUGUCCAGAUGAUGGGCGGCUUCCUGCACUCCAACAACAUCCUCUUCUACUUUGCCGAAUCCCCCUUCUUCGACCCCACCUCAAACAAUGCCUCGCUCGCCAUCCAGGCCAACUACAACGACGCCUUCCGCCACUUCGUCGAGACCCGCGAAGCCUUCGAGGACCGUUUGAAGACCAUGCAAGGGCUGGAGUUCAUCGUCGCCUACGACCCAUUGCAGGCGGCUGCGCAAUCCGAUACGCGCUUUGCACACGAGCCGUCGAAUGUUUGGGUCAUUCGGAAACAAAAUCGGCGGAAGCGAAGUGGGAUGGACGACGAGGUGACCGUGCUGUCGACGUACUUUGUUGUCGGCGACUGUAUCUACAUGGCGCCCUCGGUCGCCAGCGUCGUGGGAAAUCGAAUUCUUUCGGCCGUCACUUCUCUAUCGCGACUUAUGAAAACUGCCUCCACCCUGCCGACUUUCACCCCAUCCUACGGUCACACCUAUAUGCCACCCACGCGUGCUACAGAUACAACAGCGACUGCCCAACAGGCCUCCCAACAAAGUAAAGAAACCACUCCUAUACCCGAAGCCCCGGAUUCACAAGCAGCCGCCAAGGCGGGCCUGGGCGUCUCGACCACCAGCUCCAGCUACCAGGACACACGGAGUCUAGCAGAGGCAAUUAACCUGCUUACACGGUACGGCGACGAAUACAUGGACGAGAAUCCGCUAGCGGGCGAGCCGGGCUCGUUCAUCCUGUCGCGGAAUGGCGGCGAGACGGAUCGCACGGCGGGACCGGCCAAGCCAGCAUCCAACAAAAUCCCAGGUGCGACGACCACGGGGACAAAUACCCCAUCUGGUGGGCCGCCCGGGCGAGUGUCGACGCCGCAGGUGCGCGUGGAAACGCCGGGGAAAGCGUCGGAUAAAAGCAGUUCGCCGCCAAGCUCGGCGGAGCAUAAGGGGAAGAAGAAGAAGAGCAAGGCUGCUGCCAACUCAUGA